ACACAUCAAAUUGAGUUGAGGGUUGUGCUGUAGUGUUGAGCUUCGAGGCCGUUACUUCUGUGGGUUUAAAGUUAUUUCAAAACUAUGAAGGAACGAUCCACGGAGUUCUUGGUUGUAUUUUAUUUACUUUGUUAUAAUGCAAACGCCCAGUUUACAUUAGACAGCGCAUGGGGACGAUCUUUUGCGAGGAGUUCUAACCUUGGUAUGGCGAGAAACGUGAUGCAGACUUUUGGAUCAGAUAUGAAUGGCUCCGGGUCACAGGGCACGUUUUUUACAGUGUUCAAGCAGCCUAAUGGACAAGUUCAUACAGAAACAAGAGUCGAGGUUUCAAGCAACGGAAUACCACAGGGAUCAUUUGACCCCGUGAAUGCAGUGAAACAAACAAUGUCAAAAACAUCACUUGAAAUCAACCCUAUAAGGAUCACACAACAAUUUUCCUCUGAUCCGGGAUUUUUUAAAGGACAUAACCCAAUGCAGUCUAUGCAACAAGGAAGGGAAGACCAAUCAGCAACUUCGACGGCAUUUGGGUCAAUGGGUCCGAUGCAAUCUUUUCAACACAUGUCAUCGUCGCAAUCAUCUUUUAAUGCUAAUGCAAUGCAACCUCUUCAGUCUAUGAGACAAACAGUUUCUCACUCAUCAGUGAAUAUGGACAAAAUGAUAGAUCCAGUGCAGUCAGUGCAACACGAUUUCUUCAAAUCAUCCGCCAACAUGCCAGAUUUCAGGAACAACGAAAGAGUUUCUGCUGGAUCUAAUACCAAUCCUUUAGAUACUUUUCCAAAUGCCAACCGGUUUUCUAACGUCGGGAAAGGUUUAUUUCGUCCUGCUAUUGCAAGAGUCCCAGGUGCGUUUGACCUUGCAGUUGCCGGAAUUUCUGUUAAAACUGUCGCUCCAACAACCAAUUCCACUGCAUCGAAAGCUCCCUCGACCAUAUCGCCAAACUUGAAACAAGUUGCAAAGGAGAUAAUAGAAUCGAACAAGGGGAAAGGAAUCGCGUUCCCCAAACCACUGUGUAUACAGUUGCCAGAUCCAGUUUAUAAUACACUGUGUCUUAUGAGGACAGAAGAAGCAAACAGGGUAGCAGAAAUGGAAAUUGUCACCCAGAAACCAAACACACAGAAGGAAACUGUUAAAGAAACAUUCGUCAAGGCUGCUGAUCUUGUGUCCCUCGUCGCACAAGGAAUGUGCGCAUUUUGUUGUCAAGUGACGGGCAGAGAAGAGGAAAGGUGCAUUAAAAUUUUCUGUGAAACGAAACCAACAUGCUGAUUGGUUUUGAAAUCUACUUUUUGGGACUUUAUAUCUUUUUGUAGUUCAUUUGCAUAGAAAGCAUAAUUAUUCUGAUUAUAUAUGUAUCGAAUUAUUAGUUAUAAAACUGAAUAUAUUACGUUAAACAAAAUCACAUACUGUAUGGUUCUACACAUUGUAACGUUGAGGCAUGUUUACAAUAGUUCAUGCAUUAAUCGACUUCACAGUCUAGUUUUAGAUUAUAUUCUGAUUUUUGUUAUUAAGUAAAUAUUUUAUACAAUAUACUAACACUGUUUUAGUUAUUGUGUCCAUUCCUUAAUUAUGUUA